AUGGACGCUGUUAGGAAUUCCGUUCAGGCUUUUCAGGGGGUGCUUCCACUACAACCCGGCAACCUGGAUGGUAACGAGAAGUUCCCCGAUUUUUGUUUACACUCGGAGGCUCUGUGCAGCAACGACUCCCAGCAUAAGGACCUAGAGAAAGAACAAGAGCAACAACACGACAAAGGCCUUCACAACAACAAAUCUAAACAGCGUCAUCCCCAUUUCCAUUAUCCUCGUCCGCAUUCCCCAUCAGCUUCAAUAUCGGAAUCAUCUCGCUUAUCGUGCAUCUCCACCGCCUCGGUCUCGGCUUCAUCUUCUACAUCCUCGAGGGUCUCGUCCGCUUCAUUCGACUCAUUUUCGACUCCAAUCUCCCCUACUCUCGACUCCUCUUUGCACUCUCCUCGUUCCUCGCUCGCCAACAACACUUGUUCCUCGCCAGUAUCUGAAUUUAUUGCCCGCAAUCGAUCCCUCACAGGCGCUUCCCUCUCCUCCGUCUCUUCCUCCCCACCGUCCUCACCGACCCCGCGCAACAGGUGGGACAAGCCACAACCGUAUGUUGGUCGAGCGCAACGGUCUGGAAGCAUAACUACGAACGCAUCGUCACCUGUAGGGGUUCACAAACAGGAACAAUCGUCAAGCCCAAGGUCGUUUAGAAGCAAUCCCAUUCCUGCGGACGCUCUUGCUGCUGUUGAGUCGCAUGACACAAAGUUAAUCAAGAUGGCUUUUGCGGAACAGCAAAGAUGGGUUACGGUCCAACAAAAGACCUUUACAAAAUGGCUCAACACAAAGAUUGAGGCUCGCAACCUCGAGGUUAAAGACCUUGUCAAGGAUCUCAGUGACGGUGUCAUGUUGAUUCACCUCCUCGAAUGUCUUUCACACGAAUCGCUCGGCCGCUAUGCCUCGAAACCCAAGCUUCGAGUCCAAAAAUUCGAGAAUGCGAACACGGCACUCGACUUUGUCAAAUCCAGGGGUAUUCAGAUGACCAAUAUUGGCGCGGAGGAUGUUGUUGAUGGCAACCAAAAGAUUGUUCUGGGUCUCAUCUGGACACUGAUUCUUCGGUUCACCAUCAGUGACAUCAACGAGGAGGGUAUGUCAGCAAAGGAAGGCCUGCUGCUUUGGUGUCAAAGAAAGACGGCGUGUUACGAAGAGGUCGAGGUGCGAGACUUUAGUGGUAGCUGGAACGACGGUUUGGCGUUCUGUGCUCUGCUGGACAUUCACCGACCAGACCUUAUUGAUUACGAUGCCUUGGACAAAGCAGACCACCGAGGCAAUAUGCAAUUGGCCUUCGAUAUCGCACAUAAGGAGAUCGGUAUCCCCAAGCUGCUGGAUGUAGAGGAUGUGUGCGAUGUUGCGAAGCCUGACGAACGAUCCCUGAUGACUUACAUCGCCUACUGGUUCCACGCAUUCUCGCAAAUGGAAAAGGUCGAGAAUGCUGGACGUCGUGUUGAAAAGUUCGUCAACAACAUGCAAGGCGCUUGGGAGAUGCAGAGUGCAUACGAACGACGGAUGCGGGCACUCCUGAAAGCCAUCCAGGAGCGAAUUGAGGUUUGGAAGGAGGCUACAUUCGAAGGAACAUACACCGACGCCAAGGCUCAAUUGAACCAGUUCUUCGAUUACAAGAGGGGCAAGAAGCGAGAAUGGGUUGCCGAGAAGAGUGACCUGGCAACGUUGCUUGGAAACAUCAAGACAAAGUUGGGUACUUACCGUCUGAGACCAUACGACCCACCGGCAGAAUUGAGUUUGGAUGCUCUUGAGCAGAGGUGGGCAGAGUUGGCAUCAAAUGAAAUGAGACGUGCCCAGCUCAUCAACGAAACCAUUCGAGAUAUCAAGAACGCCCUUCGUAAAUCAUUUGCCGAUAAAGCAAAUGACUUCGCAAUGGCUCUCAACACAAUGCAGUUAGCCCUAUCUGGUCUUGAUGGCGAUGUUGAAGACCAACUACACCAUGUCAGGAAGCUUAGUGAGAGCCUUUCACCCUUGGACCAGUAUCUGGACAAGAUCUCAGAACUGGACCAAAAGUGUCAAGAGGCCAAUAUCGAGGAGAACGACUUUACCACUUACACAUACGACGAGCUAUCAUACGAACUGGGUCUUGUCAAGACAUCAGUACAGAAGAAACUUGCCUUUUUGGAAAACCAAAUGGUCGCGCGAAGCAUGACAAACCUGACACCCAUCCAGCUGGAAGAGUUUGAGAGUGUCUUCCGCCAUUUUGACCGCGACGAUACCAACUCUCUCCAGGAGCUCGAGUUCAGUGCAGCCCUCGCGUCUCUUGGACUUGUGUUCUCAGAAGAUGAGAUGCACGACUACUUCCAUGCGACAUCUGGUGGACGAGACUAUGUGACAUUUGAACAAUUUAUCCGAUUCAUGGUGGAUGUGACAGAAGAUCAGAACACGGCAGAGCAAGUCUACCAAUCAUUCCGUGAGGUGGCAGAUGGAAAGCCAUACGUGACAGAGAUGGAUCUACGACACAGCUUGGUACCUGAUGAAGUGAUUGAUCAACUUGUCGAGAUCAUGCCCGCACACAGUGGACCAGAUAUGUCAGAAGACCGAGGAAUGCCACAAUACGACUACAUCUCCUUCAUGGAGAAACUGAUCAACGAACAAAACAGACAGGGAGGUUCAGAAACUGCCCAGCCGGAUAGAUCUGAUUCUGAGCCACAGAGCCCUCACACCAACGGGGUCUAG